UCUGCAAAAUGUGUGAGUCUAGAACAAUUCCCCUGAAAGGUUUUUUGGCAUACAUAGUUUGAGUUUUUGUUUAUAUAUCAAUGGAUUUGAUAUUGGCUUCGAAAAAAGCUGAUAAAACAAUAGCGGAAGUGGAAGGACUUGGUGGAUACUACACUUGGUCAAGUACCCAGUUUCCUGUGCUUAGCCAGAAAAAAGUUGCUGCAGGAUUAUUAGUUCUUCAGCCUCGUGGUUUUGCUCAACCUCAUUAUGCUGAUUCCUCAAAAAUUGGAUAUGUUUGUGAAGGUGAAUGCAUUGUUGGACUGAUCUCACCAGAAGAUUCAAAAGAAGAAAUUAUUAAAAUACAAAAAGGGGAUGCCUUACCAGUGACCAUGGGAGCAGUGUCAUGGUGGUACAAUGGUGGAAACUCUGAAGUCACCAUAAUUUUCUUGGGAGAAUCGUCUGAUGAAUAUACACCUGGAGAAUACUGCUAUUUUUUCUUAACCGGAGCUGCGGGUAUUCUGAAUGGAUUUCACAAUGAAUUCAUUGCUCAAAUUUUUCACAUGACUGAAACUGAAUCUGAAAAAUUUAUAAAAGACCAAAGCAGUUCUAAUAUUUUAAUUAAGAUAAAUGAAAGGACAAAAAUGCCAGAUCCAUCCAACAAACACGAGUUGGUUUUCAACUUUGAUAGUGCAAAACCCAACGUUGAAGUGAAAAAUGGUGGAGUUUUCACCACAUUAACUGGUAAGAAUUUACCGUUGCUUGGAGAUCUUGGACAAAGCGCGAAUCGCGUAGUUUUGGAAGGUGGUGCAUUAUUUGGUCCGAUUUUUACAGCGGAUUCCUCAGUUCAACUGAGCUAUGUUACUAAAGGAAGUGGAUGUGUUGAAAUUGUGGGACUUCUUGGUAAGAAAGUUUUGGGUCCUAUAGUGAAGGAAGGUGAAUUGUUCUUUGUUCCAAAAUUCUUUCCAUUUGCUGUGCGAGCUGAGGCAGGAGGAAUGGAGUUCUUCUCUGUGAUAACAUCUUCAAAGCAAGUAUAUGGACAACUAUCAGGUGGUAAAAAAUCAAUUUGGGAAGCAGCAUCUCCAUCAGUUUUAGAGGCCUCUCUAAAUGCGUCUCCAGCUGUGAUUCAGUCUUUCAAGUCCAAGAUUGCUAAGGGCGCAGUGAUUGCCCCACCUUCAACAAUUUAAGUGGAGUGACUGGCACUUGUUAGACAUUCGAUCAUGUUUAACAAGUGUAUAAUAAUAAUAUAAUAUGUUUCUACGCUAAAAUAAGAUCGCUGAUGAAGUAGAUCUACACUAUUAAUUCUACUUCGGUUAUACCAAGAUUAUAUAUGAGAAAUAAAUAUCUACUACAUAUGUAAAAGAUGGGAGCUUUUGUUUUAGCUUUUCCUGAAUGCAAGCUUAUGCUGCUGUGUGCUAUUAUGCAUAUAUGGAUUGCUUCUUAAGAAUAAAAGGAAAAUGAAUUUGGUGUA